AUGGAUUCGAGCUUGAUUGCAAUGAUGGAAGAGUUGUUGGGAGCCAAUUCAGAAAACAACUUCGCAUCCACAAACGAAGUUCAAUCAUUUGGUUCGCAUGAAGUCGAAGUUUUAUCCCAUCACAUUGAAGCACCAUCCACAAGCAAUAUCGAGGAUGAAGUUGAGAUUUCGUCCAACCACACUGAAAUACCACUCAUAAGUAGUGUCCAGGAAGGCCCGACAACAGGUACAUUAUAUCCGGACAUCGAAAGCUUGUUCCGGUUCUACCUAGAACAUGCAAAACAUCGAGGUUUUGGCGUUAUCAAAAGAACAACUCGCAAAACUGCUGAUGGUGAGAACAAAUAUUUGCUAAUGACAUGUGAUAAGAGUCGAAAGACAAUACCCCAAAAGACAACGAAAAGAGUAGAUUGUCCAGCUCGGGUUAAUACCAUAAAACAAUGUGAUGGAAGUUGGAUGGUCUCAACAGUAGUUGCAGGACACAACCAUGAACUUACUCCCGAUAUGUCCAUUUUAAUACCGGCUCGCAGAAAUAUUUCUACCAGUAUGAAACGACAGCUUGAAGCCAAUGAUAUUGCGGGAAUAAGGCCAUGUAAAAGCAUAAGAUUGGCCGAAGUUCAAUCUGGUGGUCCUAUGAAUUUAGGGUGUCUUCCUAAAGAUUGUAGGAAUUUUAUUGAAGGUAGAAGAAAGUUGAGACUUGGUACUGGCGAUGCUGAGGCCAUUCGAAAGUUGUUCUGGGGUUUGCAAAAAAGGGACACGAACUUCAUCUAUUCCUUGGAUAUUGAUGACCAUGGUAGGUUAUGCAAUAUGUUGUGGAUUCAUUCGCGAUGUCGUGCAGCUUACGCGGAGUUUAACGAUGUCUUGACUUUUGAUACAACAUACCUCGUGAAUAAGUACAAGAUGCCGUUUGCAACUAUUGUUGGCAUCAAUCAUCAUGGUCAAUCGAUAUUGUUAGGAUGUGCUUUGGUUAUACAUGAAGAUGCUGAAUCUUUCAAGUGGUUUUUCAAACAUUGGCUUGAAGCUAUGGAUGAUGUUCACCCCAAGUGCAUAGUAACUGACCAAUGUGAAAGCAUAAAAAUAGCUAUUCGGGAAUUAAUGCCUGGCACGAUUCACCGAUAUUGCUUGUGGCACAUUAUGUCUAAGGUGCCGCAAAAGUUCAAAGGUGUUGCUCAAUACAAUAAUGUUGUUCGAGAUUUUAAACGUAUUGUUUAUGAAUCUAUUACAUCUGAGACCUUUGAGCUUAAGUGGAGUGAGUUCUUUAUUUAA